AUGGAUCCACUCAAGAUAAUUUUAGUUGGAAAUUCAGGCUGUGGCAAGACAACACUAUUUAAUUGCUUUUUGAACAAGCCAGACCAUAAAAGGGAAAAACCAACAAUUUCUCCAGGCUGUAUGAAGGUUGACAUUCAAACGGAGAAAGGCGAUAUUUUAACUGUUGAAAUAUGGGAUACAGCCGGCCAAGAACAAUAUUAUGCGCUUUCUCAAAUGUUUUACAGAGAUGCUGAUGUAGCUUUAGUUUGUUAUACAAUGGAUGACAAAGAUUCAAUUCAAAAAUGGAUCGAUAGGGUACACCAAAUAGUUCCUAACUGCAUAAUUAUACUAACGGAAACAAAAUCUGAUUUAUUGAAUUAUGACCAGGAAUAUGAAGAAAAAACAGACGGGUUCGACCUCAAAACGAAAUACCAGGCUAUGGCCCACUAUUUAACUUCAGGUUAUUCAGGAACAAACGUUACAGAAGUUUUUGUUGAUUCUGCGAAGAUUUUUAGCAUUGUUCAUAAGAAGUUGAAUAAUACAAGCUUACAACAAUCACAAAAGACCCCUUGUUGUUAG